CCCAUCCCGUAUCACUAUCGUAUAGCUGACAUUAGGGUUUAGCCGGUAUCCCGAUGGGGAUCGUCAACGGCUCGGAUACCUCCGUAUACACCGGAUGUUUUACCGCAGACUACGCUUUGAACUGGGCAAAGGACCCGGAUAACUUGCCCAAAUAUGAUACUACUUGAAUAGCGGGUAGUAUGUUAUCCAAUAGGAUUAGCACAUUUUUCGACUUAACUGGCCCUAGCAUUACUGUUGAUACUGCUUGCUCAAGUAGCCUCGUAGCCUUAGAUUUAGCCUGCCAAUCUAUAAUAGAUGGUCGAUCGAAGAUGGGCAUUGUUACUGGCUGCAACCUUUUAUUGACAACUGAUCUUUUCAUAAGUCUUACUAACCUCGGUUUCCUAUCCCCGGAUGGUGUUUGCCACAGCUUCGAUUCUCGAGCAAAUGGAUACGGCCGAGGCGAAGGGUUUGGUGUCCUGGUUAUAAAGCCUGUAGACGCUGGUGUCCGGGAUGGUGAUCUAAUUCGUGCUGUAAUUCGGGCCGUAGGCACGAAUCAAAACGGCCACACUAAUCUUGCACAACCAAACAAGGAAAUGCAAAGACAGCUUAUACAGAAUACUUAUCAUAAGGCAAACCUCGACAUGUCCCAAACACGAUACUUCGAAGCUCAUGGCACCGGGACGGCUUCGGGUGAUCCUUUAGAAGCAAGCGCAAUUGGAGAUGCAUUUCGUUCAGGUAGAGAUCCAAGCAAUCCCUUGGUUGUGGGCUCCAUGUCACGAGAAAGCUUUGAUCUAAACCAACCCUUGCAUAACUACGGGGUAGAUUCCCUCAUCGCUGUAGAGCUACGGAACUGGUUCAUUAAAACGCUCAAAGUCGACCUGGCUGUCUUUGAAAUCUUAGGUGGUGCUACAGCUAUGAUGUUAGGACAAGCGGCGGCGGAGAAGAUGCGAUCAUGGACUUGAACCGCAGGGUGCUAAUAAGAAGGAUGCUGCUCAAAUGGUAUUUCUUGACGUUUCAUUCACCGUAACAGAUCAGAAAGGCAAAGAUUGUAUUUAUUACGUGUCUACCUACUAACAAGGAUCUAUAUUCAUCUGAUAGACUGUUAGUUAGACUUUCAGGUGCCUACCACGUAGAGUGCCCGGCUUAAUUCCAAGCAAUCGCCUCUUCUAAGAUUUAUGCAGAUAUGAGGGGU